AUGGGGUUGGAGGUUCAUAUUUUCCUGUCCACAAUCCUUCCUCUCUUCCUCUUUGUGUUCAUGAUAAUCAACAUAAUUUGGAGAUCAAAAACCAAGAACUCAAACUCCAAGUUACCACCAGGACCAAAGAAACUACCUCUCAUAGGGAAUAUCCACCAUCUAGGAACUCUGCCUCAUCGCUCCCUAGCAGGAUUGGCAAAUCAAUAUGGCCCUCUCAUGCAUAUACAGCUUGGUGAGCUUUCCUGCAUAGUGGUAUCUUCACCACAAAUGGCCAAAGAAGUGAUGAAAACACAUGAUAUCAACUUUGCAAAUAGGCCUCAUGUGCUUGCUGCAGAAGUAAUCACUUAUGGUAAUAAGAGCAUGAGCUUCAGUCCACAUGGAACUUAUUGGAGGCAGAUGAGAAAGAUUUGUGCAAUGGAGCUACUAGCACCCAAGCGUGUUGAGUCCUUCAGGUCAAUUAGGGAAGAAGAGUUGUUAAAUCUUGUCAAGGAGAUAUCCUUGAAUGCAGGGUCGCCUAUGAAUCUCAGUAAGAAGAUUCAUUCAUUGGCAUAUGGAAUAACAUCACGAAUUGCUUUUGGUGCAAAAUCCAAGGACCAACAAGUUUAUAUAGAUCUUAUGAAAGAUCUCUCAAAGGUUGUUGCAGGGUUCUCUCUUGCUGAUCUAUAUCCUUCCAUUGGAGUUCUUCAAGUUCUUACUGGGAUUAAGACUAAAGUUGAGAAGAUGCAUCGAGAAAUAGAUAGGAUACUUGAAAACAUUGUAACAGAUCACAGAAACAGAAUUUUGGAGACAGAAGCUGUUGGUGAAGAAAAUGGGGAAGAUCUAGUUGAUGUUCUUUUAAGGCUUCAGAAGAAUAGUGACCUCGAACAUCCUCUAUCUGACAGUAUUGUCAAAGCAACCAUUUUGGACAUUUUCAGUGCUGGAAGUGACACUUCAUCAACAACAAUCGAUUGGGCAAUGUCAGAACUGGUGAAAAACCCAAGGGUGAUGGAGAAAGCACAAAUGGAGGUAAGAAGAGUAUUUGAUGGGAAAGGAUAUGUGGAAGAAACAAGUAUUCAUGAACUGAAAUACUUGAGAUCAGUUAUCAAAGAAACCUUGCGUCUACAUCCACCUAUUGCAUUGUUGCUUCCAAGGGAAUGCAGUGAAAGAUGUGAGAUUAAUAGGUAUGAGAUACCACCCAAGAGCAAGGUCAUUGUUAAUGCAUGGACAAUUGGGAGGGAUCCUAACUAUUGGAUUGAAGCUGAGAAAUUUUAUCCAGAAAGGUUCCUUGAUAGCUCAAUUGAUUACAAAGGUGCAGAAUUUCAAUUUAUCCCAUUUGGUGCUGGAAGAAGGAUUUGCCCUGGCAUCACAUUUGGCAUUGUUAAUGUUGAAAUUUCACUUGCAAAUUUGCUUUUCCAUUUUGAUUGGAAGAUGGCAAAAGGAGACAUGCCUGAAGAGCUUGAUAUGACCGAAUCCUUUGGCUUGUCAGUAAAAAGAAAACAGGAUUUGCAGUUGAUUCCUAUCAUUUAUCACUCAGCUACGAGUUAA